CCGCUGUCACUGCUCUUCAGCGACACAUCAACGACGUUCGUCAUCUCGACUUCUCUCGUUCGCCAGCGCAGUGGUUCACCGGCAGCGAGCGUGCAAUCGUCUCGCACUCAUCGCACGUCACAGAAGUAUGCAAGCACAUCCCGCCGUCGGUCCCAAUGUGUCGCGCGUGCAAUGGACGAGGCGACGGCUCAGCCACAGGGAUGGGAAUGCGUGCUUAGAAGCAUACCGGCGUGUAGUAGAAGGCAGUUUGGAGUCGUGUGUACGUGACCGACCGUCACUCUCGACAUCCAGUAAAGAAAUCCCGUCAGAACCGUUGGAUCGUCGUUUCGGAAGUCCGGAGGGUUUCAGAACCGCCUCCUACUAUUUUUCAUAUCAGCCGCGUCGUGCUGCGAUGUAAUGAUUUCAGUAGGUCGAAGCUUUCAGUACAUACUCAUUACCAUCUGCGAUUCCGCGCAUAGGUUCCGCAAACGAAGAGGAUCCUUUCUACACUUUGCGAGUCGAGAUAGAUACGCGCCGCCCAGCCGAUUGAUAGCCACGGAGAAGCGAGGCUCGACCGGACGAUGAGUCUGUGGCCAACUUACAACUGACCAGCUCCGCGUUGAAGCAUAAUGUGACGAGGUUAGGGUUACCCCAGGCCGUGCGCCGUAACACCGCGAAUUGAGCGGCAGUGUGAAGCAGAGCAGCGCUAGCGCGCUGAGGCCGCCCUGAGGCCCUGAGGCAAGUGCGGCGGGACCUAAGGGCGUGAGGGCGGACGUCGCUACCGUUUGAGCCUUUCCGCCGGUUUUCGUCUGCCUCCAGGGCCGCCUUGCCAGAAUCGGCACGCUGCACGCCACCUCGGAACGGAACGCUGCGAAACGCCCUAGUGCGAUCGGAUGGCGUCCAGCGCUCGUGUGGCGGAGUGCAUUGCGACUCGCCUGCUGCCUGAGUGAUGGCGGUGCGCUGAAUGCACGGUGGAUGCGCGUUGCGCUGCACUACGCAAGCCGCUUCAGAGUCAGAAAUGAAGUGUGAUUACCAUUUUUCUCUCCGCAUCUCCCCCUAUUCGUUUCCCUUCCCCUCUGCCUUCCCUGGGCCUCUUCCCCUUCCUCUUCUCUCCCACUCCCCCCCCCUGUGCCCAUUUCCCUCCCCAUUUACCCUUCCUCUGUACUUGUGGUGAUUUCUUAGCCCCUCUUCCGCGGAGCCCCUCAGCCCCACUCCUCUCCCCCAUCCGCAGUUUCCUGCCCACUCUUACACCCCUCUGCACCCCUGCUCUUCUCCAUCCCUCCAGGUUUUUCCUCCCUCGCUGCCUCCGUCAGUGGUGCUCUCCCCCUUCUCGUCCUUCCAGUGGUGCUCUUCCCCAGCUGCUACCACAUACCCGGGGAGCAUGGGAGCAUGGUGCGCCCAGGGGCCCAUCGGGGAGUGAACUGGCAAGGAGGGGAGCUGUCACAGCCUAGGAUGAGAGCUGGUGCGGGGUGUGUGUGUGGGUGCGGGGUGGGGGAGGUGGGGAGGUCGGGUGAUGGGGUUUGGGAAAGCAAGAGGGGAAGGGUGGUGUGUUAAAGGAGGAGGGGAGGCUGCUAUCGUAUGCUGGCUUUCGUGUGAAAUAGAGAGCCACAUCGCGUAGAUGGUAGCUUUUGCACUUUACAUCUGCCUCCAGAAGUUACCUGAGCAACGGCUGUAGAACCCUUUUCACGCUCAUGCGAUUAUGCCACGCAUGCUGCUAUCCGAUGCUGGUUUUCGCGUUCAACUGAUUAUGUCAUCACCCACAGCUAUCUGGGCCCAUGUUACUACAGAGGAAGAACCCGGCAACGAAGCAACCCCUGACAGGUGUGCAUGCUGCAAUGAAGGUGUUGGGUUGGGCAACGAGAGGGCAAGGGAAGAAAAAGAGAACUCAGCAAGGAGGCAUCUGAAAUGGCUAACUGAGAAGGUCCGUCCGCUGUCCCAGGGACUUGACGGGGGUAGUGGGGCACCACCAUUGCAGGCGACUAACAGCAGCGCCCUGCCAGUGCACACCCGAGCAUGCUGUGCAGUGCAUCCUUGCCAGUGCUAGCGAGACGGCUGCGAAUCAAAAACAUCAACUCCCCACUGCCCCUUAACUCCUCAUUACUCUCAGAUCACACACUGCUCGCCCCCACACCGCACCCCCACAUCG